UUUCGAUCCCAUGAAAUGGAAAUUGACCAGUGCUUGCUGGAGUCCCUCCCCCUGGGCCAAAGGCAGCGGCUGGUAAAACGCAUGCGCUGUGAACAAGUCAAAGCCUACUAUGAAAGAGAGAAGGCUUUUCAGAAGCAGGAGGGGCUCCUGAAAAAGCUGAAGCAUGGGAAGAAUCAAAAAGUUCAUUUUAACCUUGCUGACAUGAUACAGGAUGCAAUUAUCCACCAUGAUGACAAAGAAGCGCUGCGUCUCCUGAAGGAGGGGGCCGACCCCCACAUGCCCGUGUCUUCAGGAGGGUCCCUGCUCCAUUUGUGUGCCCGGUAUGAUAAUGUCUUCAUUGCAGAGAUCCUGAUUGACAGAGGGGCCAAUGUCAACCACCAGGACGAAGAUUUUUGGACACCAAUGCACAUUGCCUGUGCAUGUGAUAACCCUGAUGUUGUCCUACUGCUUGUAUUAGCUGGAGCUAAUGUCCUUCUCCAGGACGUCAAUGGAAAUAUCCCACUGGACUAUGCCACGGAAGGGACAGAAUCGAGCUCCAUCCUAUUGACCUACCUGGAUGAAAAUGGAGUGGAUCUGACAUCACUGCGGCAGAUGAAGCUUCAGAGACCAAUGAGUAUGCUAACAGACGUCAAACACUUCUUGUCAUGUGGAGGAAAUGUUAAUGAGAAAAAUAAUGAUGGCGUAACGCUGUUGCAUAUGGCAUGUGCAAGUGGCUACAAGGAGGUGGUAUGUCUUCUCCUGGAACAUGGCGGGGACCUCAAUGUAGCAGAUAAUCAGUACUGGACCCCACUCCACUUGGCAGCAAAGUACGGCCAGGCAAACCUGGUGAAACUUCUUUUGAUGCAUCAGGCAAAUCCACACCUAUUGAACUGCAAUGAGGAGAAGGCUUCAGAUGUUGCCGCAUCUGAGUUUAUUGAGGAAAUGCUGCUGAAAGCCGAGUCUGCCUGGGAAGGAAGAAUUCAAGAGCCUUCCUGUGUUCAGACCUUGGUCCAAGAGGAACCCUAUGAAGAGAUCAUCCCUGACCUUCCAGCCCUUCCCAGCAAGCUCAGCCCCCUGGCAUUGCCAAUUGCCAAGCAAGACAGUAUGUUGGAAAAAGACAUUAUGUUCAAAGAUGCAACAAAAGGUCUGUGCAAGGGACAAUCUCAAGACAGUACUCCCGAAAAUGCCACCGUGAAUGGCCCUACCAAACCUGAUCAGGUCAAGCUGAUACCUCCUGCUCCGAACGAUGACCUGGCAACACUCAGCCAGCUUACCGACAGCAGCCUGCUUUAUGAAAUUCAGAAGCGCUUUGGGAACAAUCAGAUCUAUACUUUUAUUGGGGACAUCCUCCUGCUUGUUAAUCCAUUCAAGGAGAUUCCAAUUUAUUCCACCAUGGUCUCGCAGCUGUACCUGGGCAGUGCGGGGCAGCCCUGCCCCUCUCUGCCACCUCACAUUUUCUCCUGUGCGGAGAGAGCCUUCCACCAGCUUUUCCAGGAGCAGAGACCUCAGUGCUUCAUCCUCAGUGGAGAAAGAGGAUCUGGGAAAUCUGAAGCCAGCAAACAAAUAAUGAGACACCUCGCCUGUAGGUCUGGUUCCAGCAGGCCUAUAUUCGAUUCCAAAUUUAAACAUGUCAUGAGCAUCUUAGAAGCCUUUGGACAUGCCAAGACCACUCUUAAUGACCUGUCCAGCUGCUUCAUAAAGUAUUUUGAACUACAAUUCUGUGAGAGGAAAAAACACUUAACUGGAGCCAGAAUUUAUACAUAUAUGCUAGAGAAAUCCAGACUUGUUUCACAACCUCUUGGCCAGAGCAAUUUUCUCAUCUUCUCCUUGUUGAUGGAUGGGUUAUCUGCUGAAGAAAAGUAUGGACUCCACCUUAACAAUUUAUGUGCCCAUCGGUAUUUGAGCAAGACCCUUCGAGAAGAAGUAUCAACAGCAGAGCAUUCUCUGAACAGGGAGAAAUUCGCUGUUUGGAAACAAGCCCUGAAUGUAAUUGGCUUCAGUAACUUGGAGGUGGAGAACGUGUGCGUGAUUCUAGCGGCCACGUUACACCUUGGAGACGUUCGGUUCACUGCUCUGACCGAGGCCGACUCCGCCUUUGUGUCUGACCUCCAGCUUCUGGAACAAGUGGCUGGAAUGUUGCAAGUAUCAACGGAUGAAUUGGCAUCUGCUUUAACAACUGAUAUCCAGUAUUUUAAAGGAGAGAUGAUCACACGGCGACACACCAUAGAGAUGGCUGAAUUUUACCGGGACCUCCUGGCCAAGUCCCUGUACAGUCGUCUGUUCAGCUUUGUGGUGAAUACAGUGAAUUGUUACCUUCACAGUCAAGAGGAGCCCAGCAGCUCGCAGACGUGGGAUAUUGGAAUAUUGGACAUCUUUGGUUUUGAAGAAUUUCAGAAGAAUGAAUUUGAACAACUCUGUGUCAACAUGACCAAUGAGAAGAUGCACCACUAUAUCAAUGAAGUGCUUUUUCUACAGGAGCAAACAGAAUGUGUACAAGAGGGAGUUACCAUGGAAACGGCUUAUUCUCUUGGUAACCAGACUGGAGUUUUGGAUUUUUUUUUCCAGAAGCCUUCUGGAUUUCUCUCUUUAUUGGAUGAAGAAAGUCAAAUGAUUUGGUCAAUGGAACCAAGUCUUCCCAAAAAGCUACACAGUCUUCUAGAAUCCUCAAACACAAAUGCAGUUUACUCCCCCAUGAAGGAUGGGAACGGGAACCUCGCCCUCAAAGACCAAGGCACAGCUUUCACCGUUAUGCACUACGCAGGACGGGUAAUGUAUGAAAUUGUUGGAGCAAUUGAAAAAAAUAAAGACUCCCUUUCACAGAAUCUUCUAUUUGUAAUGAAAACUAGUGAAAAUGUCAUGAUCAAUCAUUUGUUCCAGUCGAAACUGUCACCAACAGGAGCCCUCGUACCUUCCUCUCCUUCUUUUAAAUUCAGAGGACAUAAAUCUGCCUGGCUCAGUAAGAAAAUGACAGCUUCUUCAAUGAUUGGAGAAAACAGGAAUUAUCUAGAACUUAGUAAGUUAUUUAAAAAGAAAGGAAAUUCCACAUUUCUUCAAAGACUAGAACGGGGAGGUCCAGCCACCACUGCAUCGCAACUCACGAAAACUCUGACGGAUAUUACUGGAAAACUUCAGAAGUGCACUCCACACUUUAUUCGUUGCAUCAAGCCCAAUAACUCGAGGCUGCCAGAUACUUUUGAUAAUUUUUACGUGUCUGCUCAGCUGCAAUACAUUGGGGUCCUGGAGAUGGUGAAGAUCAUCCGACACGGAUACCCUGUCCGCCUUUCCUUCUCGGAUUUCCUGUCAAGGUAUAAGCCCUUGGCCGAGACCCUCCCGGACGACAAGAGGAUGCUGCCGGCCGAGGAGAGAUGCCGGCUGGCUCUGCAGCAGUGCCCGUUACCAGGCUGGCAGAUUGGUGUUCGAAAAGUAUUUCUGAAAUACUGGCAUGCCAACCAGCUAAAUGAUUUGUGCCUACAGCUGCAGAGAAAAAUUAUCACCUGCCAAAAAGUUAUCAGAGGAUUUUUAGCACGCCAGCACUUGCAUCAGAAAAGGAGCAUUAGGCAGCAAGAGGUCACAUCCAUCAACAGCUUCCUGCAGAUUACAGAGGACCUGGGGCUUAAGACCUAUGAUGCCCUGGUCGUUCAGAACGCCUCGGACAUUGCCCGCGAGAAUGACCGGCUCCGGAACGUAAUGAAUGCUACUUUCCACAAAGAGAAGUUGGAGGCCAGGAACAAGCAAGAGGAAGGAACCAAAAGAGCUGAAGACAAGGGUGGACCCAGGCGCCUCCACUGCAGCUCCGUCCCGGUCCCCAUGGCGGUAGACAGCCUGGUCCAGUCCCAGGCUGGCCCAUCCACCCCGUCUCCUCCUCUGCACUCGGUGCGCAGCCUGGAUGACAGCAGCGGCCUCCCGUCACCACGGAAACAGCCUCCGCCCAAGCCGAAGAGGGACCCCACCACGCGACUGAGCGCCUCCUAUGAGGCCGUGAGCGCCUGCCUGCGGGCUGUCACCAAGGGCUCCGCCAAUGAAGUUCUCAGCCGGCCGCGGCCGCACAGCGACGACUACAGCACCGUGAAGAAGAUGCCGCCUCGGAAGCCCACGCGGAGCCCGCACACCAAGCUCAGCGGCUCCUCGGAGGAGAUCUCGGGCGCCCGGCCGGGGGCGGCGGGGGCCGGCGGUGCGCGGCGCAGGGUGCCACCCGCGCCCCCGGAGCCCGAGCCCGUGUACAUCGAGAUGCUGGGCCGCGCCGGCAGCCCCGAGCCGGCGGAGGCCGUGUACGAGGAGAUGAAGUACUGGGCGCCCCCCGAGGGCGGCGGCCUGGGGGCGGGCGUCUCGGCGUCCGCCUCGCCCCCUCCGCCGCGCGACGGCCGCAGCCCCCUCCCCGCGGAGGACGGCGACGCCGGCGGGCCCUGCAGGGACGCGUGCGGCAUCCCCGCGCCCUUCCCCGACCUGCUGCCGCACCGGCCCCCGCUCCUCGUGUUCCCCCCGACGCCGGUCACCUGCUCCCCGGCGUCCGACGAGUCGCCCCUGACGCCCCUGGAGGUGAAGAGGCUGCCGGUCCUGGAGACCAGCCUCAAGUACCCCGUGCAGCCCGAGGGCGCCGGGCCCCCGUCCCCGCAGCACCCCAAAGCCCCAGAGGGCGACGGCGACCGGCCCGCGUUCGCCGGGCCGCACGGGGCCCCCCGUCCCCCCACGGCCGCCGCCGCCCCCCGGCCGCCCGCGCACUGCACCUCCGCGCCCGAGCCCGGCGCGGGGAGGCCGGCGGAGCCGCCCCGGGGCCCCCCGAGGCCCACCUCGGCCCCCGCGGGCGCGCCCUGCAGCCCCGGCCCCAGGAGCCCGCACUCCCCCGGGAAGGCGGCCCGGGCGGAGCCCAGGAAGGCCGCCCCCGGCGCCCCCUCUCCGGCCGCCUACAGCCCCCCGGACUGCAGGCCUGUGGGCAGCCCCCUGGACGAGCUGGCCAGCCUCUUCAGCUCGGGAAGGAGCGUGCUCCGGAGGUCGGCGGCGGGCCGGAGGAUCCGCGAAGCCGAAGGUUUUGAAAUUAACAUGAACCUUACUAGCCGAGAUGAUCUUGGUACAUCAGAAAUUACAUCGGAGACCCAAGAUAGAAAUGCAAAUAACCAUGGGAUUCAAUUAUCUAAUUCACUCUCCAGCGCGAUCACUGCUGAAAAUGGAAAUUCCGUCUCAAACGGUUUACCUGAAGACGAUGGAUUCUCCAGGUUGUCUGGAAGUGGGACCUCCUCCUUUCAGAGACAUAGAGAGAGUCACACCACUCAGGUAAUCCAUCAGCUGAGGCUGUCCGAGAAUGAGAGCGUGGCCCUUCGGGAGCUCCUGGACUGGAGGCGGAAACUCUGCGAGGAGAGAGGAGACUGGCCACAGAUCCUGCGCCACGCGGAGCCCAGGGCACCUCCGCCACCUCCGUGCAAGAAGCCCACACUCCUGAAGAAGCCCGAGGGGGCCUCCUGCAGCAGGCCGCCCCCCAAGUUCUGGGACACUACCCUGUGAUGGGCCCCGACUGCAGACUCGCUGCCUGGGGAUGCCAGGUUCACAGACAGAGGCUGCCCCUGGUACAUGCCAGGGGCUCUGUCCGCAUCUACACGAAAAGCACAGGACAGCCCAGUUAAAUACACGAGAUUCCCUGGGUGUGUGAG